GAAGGAGGGAGGCAGCGCUCCAGCGGCUCCGCGCCCCGCACUCCCGGACCCGAAGCCGGGAAGAAAAAUAUGAUAAACUAGGAUACAAUGGUCUGGAACUACUGGUUCUGUGAUACAAGUACAAUGAGCCUGGACCAACGGAAGGAAGCUUCUGUUUGUAACAAGAAAGAGCAGAGGCAAGAGACGAGAGAUUGGGGUUGUUCAUCAGUGUGCUGAAGAAGGAAAGAUAGGUUGAUGGCUGGGAGAUGGAGAAGCAUGAUGAAUCUAAUGGAAGAGAAGAUGGAAAAUACCAAGAUAGGGCUAACUCUGGAGUUACGGCUUAAGAUGGAGGUGAAUGUCAGGCCAGGAAUUUAAAAAAUUAAACCUCCAAUGAAUAUUUUUCCCUUUUCUUUCUCCUUCCCCACCCCCCAAGUUAAAUAAUGGCAGAAACAAGUUUAUUAGAGGCUGGGGCCUCUGCAGCCUCUACAGCUGCUGCUCUGGAGAACUUACAAGUGGAGGCGAGCUGCUCUGUGUGCCUGGAAUAUCUAAAAGAGCCUGUCAUCAUCGAGUGUGGGCAUAACUUCUGCAAAGCUUGCAUAACCCGCUGGUGGGAGGACCUAGAGAGGGACUUCCCUUGUCCUGUCUGUCGGAAGACAUCCCGCUACCGCAGUCUCCGGCCUAAUCGGCAACUAGGCAGUAUGGUGGAAAUUGCCAAGCAGCUCCAGGCCGUUAAGCGCAAGAUCCGGGAUGAGAGCCUCUGCUCCCAGCACCAUGAGGCCCUCAGCCUCUUCUGCUAUGAAGACCAGGAAGCUGUAUGUUUGAUCUGUGCAAUUUCCCAUACUCACCGGGCCCACACCGUCGUGCCACUGGAUGAUGCUACACAGGAGUACAAGGAAAAACUGCAGAAGUGCCUAGAGCCCCUGGAACAGAAGCUGCAGGAAAUCACCCGCUGCAAAUCCUCUGAAGAGAAGAAGCCAGGGGAGCUUAAGAGACUAGUGGAGAGUCGCCGACAGCAGAUCAUAAAAGAAUUUGAAGAGCUUCACAGGCGACUGGACGAAGAACAGCAGGUUUUGCUUUCACGACUGGAGGAGGAGGAACAGGACAUUCUACAGCGACUUCGAGAAAAUGCUGCCCACCUUGGGGACAAGCGCCGGGAUCUGGCCCACUUGGCUGCUGAGGUGGAGGGCAAGUGCUUACAGUCGGGCUUCGAGAUGCUUAAGGAUGUAAAAAGUACCCUGGAAAAAUGUGAGAAGGUGAAGACCAUGGAAGUGACUUCAGUAUCUAUAGAGCUGGAAAAGAACUUCAGCAAUUUUCCCCGACAGUACUUUGCCCUAAGGAAAAUUCUUAAACAACUAAUUGCGGAUGUGACCCUGGACCCUGAGACAGCUCAUCCUAACCUAGUCCUGUCAGAAGAUCGCAAGAGUGUCAAGUUUGUGGAGACAAGGCUCCGCGAUCUCCCCGACACACCCCGGCGUUUCACCUUCUACCCUUGUGUCCUGGCUACUGAAGGUUUCACCUCAGGUCGACACUACUGGGAGGUGGAGGUGGGAGACAAGACCCACUGGGCAGUGGGUGUGUGCCGGGACUCCGUGAGCCGAAAAGGCGAGCUGACUCCACUCCCAGAGACUGGCUACUGGCGGGUGAGGCUGUGGAAUGGGGACAAGUAUGCAGCCACCACCACACCUUUUACCCCUUUGCACAUCAAGGUGAAGCCCAAGCGGGUGGGCAUAUUCUUAGACUAUGAAGCUGGCACGCUAUCUUUUUACAACGUCACAGACCGCUCGCAUAUCUACACCUUCACUGAUACUUUUACUGAGAAACUUUGGCCCCUCUUCUACCCAGGCAUCCGGGCUGGUCGGAAGAAUGCUGCACCACUUACCAUCAGGCCCCCAACAGAUUGGGAGUGACAGGUUGGCACAUGGGUUUAAUUGAGGUGAGGCAGGGUCAAGAGCUGUGGGCCUUCCUUCCUGUGUCCUGCUGGAAUGUCUUGGUGUCUGCCUGGUUCCAGUCCGAGUCAUCUUGGAGACACUGGUCUCUAGGAUGGUUCGUGUGGAGGAGUAGGUAGGAUUGGGCUGCAUGACGGCACAGCUGUGUCUCCCUCCCCAUUGGGGUAGGGAGCUGGUACCCAGGGAAUUGUCUCCCUGAUGUCCAUCAGGUGUUUUAUUGCACAAGGACAAGUUGGGAAGGAUGAUGAGGCUUUUCCAGAAAUACAAAGUCUAGGAGAGGGUCUCGCUUGCUCAAACUGGAGGAAACAGAAGCCUUUAGGGGCUUCUCUGACCCAGAAUAGUCUUGUUCCUUGAGGAAGAUCAUAGGAAUCUAGGCUGAAAAAUGAUGACUGACAGUUGCUAUCAAGGGUCUAGAAGUUGAGGAGUUUUUCUGAGGACAGAGAUUGGGCAUCAAAAAGGUUAGAAGGAGGAUCAGGGAAGGUGGCUAAAGGAACAUUAUCCAAGAAACUAAUGAAGGGGGUGGAAGUUUCUUUAGUUCCUAGGGUAAGGUUGCCAUUGUGAGUAGGAUUGGCCAGAGGUAGGAACAUGGGGGUAGAGAGAGGGUGGGAAGAAAGGAAAACCCUGGUCCCUACUUCAGCCUUCAGCAAAGCUGGCUUCUUGCCUGCCUCUUAAUGUUGGUUGUCUUCAGGAAGUUGCUCACAUGCCUCUUCUCCAGAGGUGAGGUGAGGAAAUCCUGCAAGACACAUCUACCUUUCCACUGUUUUCCCAAGAGAACUCCAGAGAAAAGUCAGGUAUUAGAGGAAAGAGAAGGUACGUCUAUCCAAAGCCCUGGCCUUAAAGAAUGUCACUAAGUAGCUACUCCCAGGUUGUCAACCUUAUUGUGUGGCUCAGGUGUCUAAUCCAGAAAGGAAGGAAGGUAAUGAGUCUUUCUCACCCUAAGGACAGGGUGGAAGAAGGUGGUAUGUGUAGGGAAGGGCCAGAGAGGAAACUUCCUUUUGCCUGUGUACAUCUGGCCCAGAACCUAGUGUUCACAUUAGCCUUUUGCUCGUUCUGUCACCAUCCUUCAACCUUCACCAUUCCCCUUUACAGAGAAUGUAAAUCAUUUUAAUGUUAGGCCAAAAUAAACAACCUAUAGGGUAUAUAUGUUGUCAAAAAGGUAAAGCAAUGCAUGCCAAACCAAACAAAAACAACUUGGAUCAUCUGCUGCUUGGGUAAUCGUCACAGAAGACUGAGACAAGAAACUGCAGUUUAUCGAGGGCAUCAGUUCCUCCUACCACCUCAAAAGGAUUUUGUCCACUCUCCUCCUCUUACCUUUGUGCCUUGACUGUGGUUCUUUGUGGCAAGAUACUUUGAUUGGUAAAAAUAAUAUGGAACAAAGG